AUGGACGAUGCGAAGGAAGAGAAGAAGGAACCCGUAGGCUUGCCGUCUGCUGAGGUGUUGCGAGAGAUUGAGCGCAAACAAGAAGAACGCGCCAAGGAGAUUCGCGAUCGACGACUUCGGGAGGUACAGACCAAGCUAGACGCCGAGAGUGAGGCGCGUGACAGUGCUGCGACUGUCAUUCAGAGGAAUUAUCGAGGACACAGGGAGAGAAGGGCUCUGAAGGGCUACGGACUGGAUCCUAGUACCAGGUGGCUUGAGGUAUGCGCUGUCUUCCCAGUUUGUCGGGACUGGCAUGCGCAGCGGGCUGAUCAGAUUGUUAGGCUGUCAAGGAUGGUGAGCGCGACAUGAUGAUGUGUGGUUGGAGGGGGAGUACUGACACCUGAGUUGCAGCCGAGUAUCAUAAUUUGACACGACCACUCUCGAAGAUCGAACCGGGCUCGAAGCCCGCGGCGCGGUCAUCCCGCGUGCGAGAACGAUGGGCUCACGCGAGCAGCAUUGCGAAGAGAGCGGGGAGCGAUGAUACCAGCGAGAGCGAAGCGGAUACUGCGUCCCAGAUCGAGCGAAAGAAGCAGGAGAAACGGCAACGGGAGAAAUAUGCCAAGACUAUGGGUCUGGAAUACUUCUUGGAGAUGGUCGACCAGAAGCACAGAUACGGCAGCAACCUUAGGCGAUACCACCAGGAGUGGAAGAAGUCAGAUACUACGGAGAAUUUCUUCUACUGGCUGGAUUAUGGAGAUGGGAAAGAAUUGGAUUUGGAAGAUCGACCCAGGAAACGGCUGGAUACAGAAUGUGUGAGGUAUUUGUCGCGGGAGGAGAGGAGGCACUAUUUGGUGCGCAUCGAUGAUCAAGGUCGAUUCGUGUGGGACAAGAAUCGCAAGCCGAUCACUACAUCCCCAGACUUUCGGGACAGUAUUGAGGGCAUUGUCUACAAGUCCGAUGACACGCCGACAUGGCGCGAGGUCACGACGGGCGAGAAGCCGCCGCCCACCAGAGAUGACGCCUCGGACUCAUCUUCGCUAUCCACGACGAUCAGUACAGGAAGCCAUCAGAAAUCAACGGCGUAUGCUAAUGAGGAGCUCCACGAUGCGAAGGGUGUGAACAAGCUGAACCACCUUGGCGUCGAUACGCUCAUGAACCACCUUCUACGCAAGACGACCAAAUCGAAUACCUGGAUCUUCGUCGCGGACACUUCGUUUCGCCUCUACGUAGGCAUCAAACAAUCCGGGGCCUUUCAGCAUUCCUCAUUCCUCAAAGGCGCACGUGUAAGCGCCGCCGGCCUUAUCAAAAUCAAACGCGGCCAGAUCCGCAAGCUCUCGCCCUUGUCAGGACACUACGCGCCACCAGUGCGCAACUUCCGGGAAUUUGUCAAAUCCCUCAAAGCAGCCAAUGCCGACCUCAGCCGGCUCAACAUAUCGCGAUCGUACGCUGUGAUUCUAGGCCUGGAAGGGUAUAUGAAAGUGAAGAAACGAGGGAAAGAUGCUAAGCGGGGCUUUGUGGAGAUGUGGAAUCCCGAAGAGAAGAAGAAGAGGGAGGAAGCGGAGAAGGAUAAGAGUCAGAGCGCGGAGAAGGAGAGGCAGGUGUUGAAGAAGGAAGAGGAGGAGAGGAUGAAACGGAGGACGAGUUAUCGGUUGAUGAAGAAGAUGGGGUUGAUGGAGGAGGAGGAGCAGCAGCAGCAGCAGCAGCAGCAGCAGCAGCAGGAGGGCGUGAGAGGUGGCGGGGAGAAGGCAGGGCGGAAAUCGUUGGUAGAGGGUAUGAAACGGCCGUCGAUGGCGGAGAAACAGAAGAUUCCUGAGGAAGUGGGAGAGGAGGACAGACAGGAAGGAUAG